CAGAGAUCUUCGGCUCGGUAAUGGAUUCUGAAUUAAUUGAUAGUAUAGUCGGAAGCUAUCUUAAGCCUCCAGAAAGAGUGUUGGCUCCGUCAUUCACCCAGUAUGAGCCACCUCCGAACUACUACCCUGUGAAUGUCGAAGUUAGUCCUCCUAAGAUGCUUCACAGUCCAAAUAGCCAAGCACUCAUUUUAGCCCUGAAAACUCUUCAAGACAAGAUUCAUCGUUUAGAAAUAGAGAGAACACAAGCUGAAGAUAACUUGAACAUACUGUCCAAAGAAGCUGCACAGUAUAAAAAGGCUUUGGAGGAUGAAACAAAUGAGCGAAAUUUGGCACACGAGGAACUGAUAAAGCAGAAAAAAGAUAUAAGUAUACAGUUAAGCUCAGCCCAGUCUCGCUGCACUCUUCUAGAGAAGCAGCUAGAGUAUACAAAGAGAAUGGUUCUCAAUGCAGAGCGAGAGAAGAAUAUAAUCCUAGAGCAACAGGCUCAGCUCCAAAAAGAAAAGGAACAAGAUCAUAUGAAGCUGCAUGCAAAACUUGAAAAGCUUGAUGCCUUAGAAAAAGAAUGUUUUAAACUUACAACAACUCAGAAAACUGCUGAGGACAAGAUAAAAUAUUUGGAGGAAAAACUGAAGGAAGAAGAACACCAGCGCAAGCUCUUUCAGGACAAAGCUGCGGAGCUUCACACUGGCCUGGAAAUCAAUAGAAUUUUAAUGUCUUCAGUUUCAAAUCCGAAACACUCAAUGGGAAAGAAGAAAUCUUUGAAGAAAACUAAAUCUUUAAAGAGAGGACUAACUCAGCAAAGUUAUUCAAAGUUUGGAGCACCUAUGUCUUUCAUGCCUGGGAAGCCUGUCAGCUCAAGCUGUAGUGUGAACUCAAGUAUGCAAAACCUCCUGCAGAUGAUGCAAGCUCGUGGCCUCCACCCCCUCCAGGCACACUCCAAAGCGACUGAGCUUCGAUGUCCCUGUAAGCCCCACGCUAAAGCUGUAUCUUCUGACACAGAAAAGUCCGUUACCAUCUGUGACCAUUUGUCAGAACUUUUGAUGGCAAUGCAAGCGGAGCUGCAACAAAUGAAUACGGAGCAACAAGAACUACUGAAUCAGAUGAGGGAGACUCAAAACCAUUUAAUCUAUGAAGACAUAGAAAGUGAACUAGAGCAUUUAGUCAAGAAAAUGGAAGUUAAAGGAGAACAGAUUUCCAAACUGAAGAAGCAUCAAGACAGUGUCCGAAAGAUGCAGCGACAGCUUCAAAACGCAAAGAUGAGUGAUGCUUCAGGUAUUCAGCGAGAAGAUAGCAGCCCUACAGGAUCAAAGAACAUAAAAAGUAGCUGUAGAAAAUGUUGUCAUGAAACUAGCUCGCUUCCGAAAAGCAGCAACUUUCAUCCAAAACGAGUCCAUAAUCUUCAAAUGAAAUUGAGAAAAGAUGAUAUCAUGUGGGAAUAGUAGCACAAUGGCAACACUGUCUCCUUAAAUGAACUCUGUCAAUGAUACCCUGAACUGCCUACAGUGGUUUUGAUUUAAUAUACAUUUACAAAAAUUUGAAUUAUGUUUCUAGCCCUGAGAAAGUGUGAAGUAGUAUUUUAAAGUUAAUGCAUAAUGAUAUAUUGAGAGGCCCAAUUAAUAAAUGAUUGCUUUCCUUGUUUUCCAUAUUGAUUGAAAUGCCUGAUCUCAUCAUGUUUUAGAACAUUGUUCGCUAAACUGAAUCUCAGCAAUUGGAAAUUAGAUUAACCCUAUUCGAACUUGAGUGCGAUUUGAGAAACCAGCACUACCCCCUUUCCAGUGGGUAGACUGGUAAGCCUGAGGACCAACAUCAGAUGACCAGGGCAUGCGAAGGCCUUCAACCUUCCCUGGACUUCCUUCUACCUUACACUUGUGAAAUGUCUUCCUGCUUUGAAUAGAGAAAAGCUGCACACGUGACGAGGCCCUGAGCGCAAAGUUUCUAUGUGACAAUUACAACUAGGAACUCACAAUUACUUAAUUUUUAGAAGAUGGUGUUAUAACAAUGGCUAGCUUUCUCUUUGAAGCCUGUGAUCUACGUUAUUUCACUGCGUUACAGCUACAUGGCGUGACUUUGAUUCUGUGCAUUGUGAAUAAUAUACCUCGGUAUAAAUUGAGAAUGUGAUCUUCCAAGAAAGACCCAUAAAACUGGCAUCUUUUUAUAAUACAAUGUAGGAACAGGAAGCUGGGCAUUUUUAUUACUGAAUUUAAAAUUCGGGGAAAUGUGGUACAUUUUUAUAUUUUUAAAUCAACCAUGUCAUUUAUGUACAUAUGCUAUGAUUUAUAAUAAAUUUAUACUUGUUGA